AUAGUAUAUUUAGAGUCGCUUCCAUAGCGGGUUGCAUUUUCAGAGCCGUUUUCAAAACGCUGUGAAUCUCUCUCUGUGAUUCAGUUUGGCUGGUUAAGCUUCUUCUCGGUGCAGCCAAUAUGCAGGCCAGUGAUAGGUUCAAUAUCAAUUCCCAGCUUGAGCACCUUCAAGCCAAAUACGUCGGAACCGGGCAUGCCGACUUGAACAGAUAUGAGUGGGCCGUGAAUAUUCAGCGUGAUAGCUACGCAUCCUACGUUGGCCACUAUCCCAUUCUUGCAUACUUUGCUCUUGCCGAGAAUGAAUCAAUUGGAAGAGAACGCUACAACUUUAUGCAGAAAAUGCUUUUGCCUUGUGGUCCUCCCCCAGAGAGAGAAGAUGAUUGACCACACUGUCGUAAGGACUCCGUUUAUGAUUACCAUACACUCUGGUUAUAUGUACUGGAUUUGCCCACAUUUGUACGUUUAGCUUUCAAGUUUGGGUCUGUGCGGAAGUGAUGCUUCAUUGUAAAACUAAUUUCUAGGAAAUGCUAUAUUUUGCUGUGGAAUGUAUUCAAUAUA